ACGAAGCCUCUCUCACUCCCUUCCUGCUGCAUCAUCAUCAUCAUCAUCAUCAACAACAACAGCAGCCGCUAGUAGCACCCUGUCUAAUUGCGGUGACCGGGGGACUAGAUAGUCAUAACCAAUUAGCAUAAUACUAACUCUAAACAUAACACUAGUUAACAUCACCAUAACAGAGUAAUUUACGGAAACCAUUUACAUUGAGCUAUCCCUUUGGAACCGCUGGGACAUGGCCAGGCAAGAUCAGGUCCUGCUCUUGGAGCCACAGCACGAACUGAAAUUCCGAGGUCCCUUCUCGGAUGUGGUCAACACAACCUUAAAGCUCGCCAACCCCACAGACAGGAAUGUGUGCUUCAAAGUCAAGACGACAGCCCCGCGCCGGUACUGCGUCCGGCCAAACAGCGGUGUCAUCGACGCUGGCACCUCAAUCAACGUCUCAGUGAUGCUGCAGCCUUUCGACUACGAUCCCAACGAGAAAAGCAAACACAAGUUCAUGGUGCAGUCCAUGUUGGCUCCCCCCGAAAUGACGGACAUGGAGGGAGUGUGGAAGGAGGCAAAGCCAGAGGAGCUGAUGGACUCCAAGCUGAGGUGUGUCUUUGAGCUUCCAGCGGAAAAUGAGAAAACGCACCAUGACAUGGACGCCAACAAGAUGAUGUCGUCCAACCUGCUCAAGUCGGAGUCAUCCACACUGUCCAUGAAGUCUAUGAGCUCCACCCUGGACGAUGGCGAGGUGAAGAAGAUCAUGGAGGAGUGUAAGAGGUUGCAGAUGGAGGCACAGCGGCUACGGGAAGAGAAUAAACAGAUCAGGGAAGACGAUGGCCUGCGGAUGAGGAAGAGCAACGUGAUGUCCUCCCAGCACUCCUCCCACUCCAUGGUGAAAGAGGAGGGGCUGAGCCUGCGCACGGUGGCCCUCAUCGUACUCUUCUUCGUGGUCGGAGUCAUCAUCGGCAAGUUGGUCUUGUAAGAGCGAGUGGCAAGCGAGAGACGGCCAACCGCAUGCUUUCGGGGGAUUGAAACAAACGACGGAUUUGGGAUUUUUGGUAUUCAGAAAUGCCAUAUCAAUGGGGUAGUUUUGAAAUCGUUAAUUUAUGUACUAAUAAAAAAAGGAGAUACGGAAAAAAAAUCCAUCAUGUUAUGAACAAACCAACGAGAGAGUUAAAAAAGCAAUUGAUCAUUACAUAAUCAUUCUGGCCUUCCUCCCAAAUACUUGCACCACCGAUACAAGAUGACGAGUAGGAGGAAGAAAAAUGCAGAUCAUUAACCAGGUUUCCAUCCAACUUUUUUUAUGCGAGUAAAGUACGCUGGAUAAAUGUCACGACAAGCCGAAUGGAAACAGCAAAUUUGUCGGUAAACUUUCCAAAUGUCGACAAACCAAAAUACACUAGACAAGGUGGGAUCUUUUUGUGUCAGUGAAAUGGUGGUGGAAAUGCCUUUAUGCACAAAUAUUGAUAUAAUGACCAUCAUUUCGAAGUAAACUUGGAGUCACGCGAUGAUCUAGUAUGUGGUCCUCCGACUAUGACUCGGGAAAGCAUUCAGUUUAUUAGGCUACAGGUGAAAUAAGUUAUGAUGAACUUCACAGGGUGGUGAAAGUGCACGGUGAUGAGCUUGAUGCUCCUUUCCAACAAAUAGAGGGGGGUCUUAUUCUGGUGACAUGAUCAUCGAUGCUUGGCUGCUGUAUGACAAAAAUAAUCUUGUUCUUUUGUCCAUAAUAAUCUCAUCAUGUAGUAAGCUAUACCCACACUGUAUCUGCAAGAUUUUGGCUAGAGUGCACGUGCCAAGACCAGAGUGGGCACAUUCGCUAGGCUAUGUAACGCAACAGUUUUUGUGACAAAACCAUCAGUAAAUUUGAAAAUGCGAUGGAAACCUAUUAAAAAAAAAAUAUAUAUAUAUAUAUAUAUAUACAGUAUAUUCGGUACAUGGGGAAUUUAACUGCAAAAGUUAUUUUUAUGUGCCCUAUGUCAUCACGCACAGCCUUUUAUCUGUCAAUUUGAUGGAAACACAUCUCUGGUGGGAAAAUGUGCAUAAUUAUUUUAAUGCGGAUUUUAGAAUAUUCGCAUGAUUAUCUGUCGCCAAUUGGAUGGAAACCUAGCUAUUGAUAGUAAUUCAAAGCAAAGGAUUUUCUAAACACCGGUGGGUGCAGUUGAGUCAGUUUGCGUUGUGUGAAUGUCGUUUUCACAUAUUGUUUAUUUUUCCAAGAGGCCGUGGGCAUACUCGGUGUAAAGAAUCGAUAGUAACCCUCUAGUAAAGUGAUGCAAGGUGCGCAGCACCUGAUUUGGCUCACCUCCUGUAGAAAAUUAUUGACAGCGAUGCUUCAGAAAGUAGGUAACCCCACCUAUUUCUGAAGCAUCUCUGUCAAUCAUUUUCUACAGGAGGUGAGCCAAAAAGAGUGCUGCGCACCUUGCAUCAUAUUACUAGAGGGUCACUAUCGAUUCUUUACACUGAGUAUGCCCUCGGCUUCUUACAAAGAAGAAUAGCUGCUGCUUUGGCAAAAGCUAAUGGGGAUCCUUGUAAACCAAUAAAACCAAUACGCACAGGGUUAUUGUCAACCAAACUGACUCCUCCAAUCAGAGGCUUUGUAUAGACCGGCGAUUGGGGAAUACCCUUAAUCCAGUUGGCAGUAUAUUCUUGAUUGCAUGCGUCCAAAAGAGUUACAUUUUGGGACAUUUUUUAUUUAAUUGAAUUGCUUUUAUCAUUGUAAUGUUUCUUUUCAGCUGUAGGUUUGCACAACUCAAUCUUCAGAUUAUUAUUAUUGUUUUUUUUGUAGCGUUUUUAUGAUUUGAAAGUUGUUUUUUUGUAGGGAUUGAGGCAUUAUUUAAAAAAUAACACAGCUAAAUGAACUCUGGGUCGGUUGGGACUGGGUUACUGGAUAUAAUCCUUUUGCCUUGUGACCGCUAUUGGUAAGUUAUUCUAUGGCAGAAAGGAAGUGACGAAACGGGAGAAAAGGUGCAUGUAGAAGUGAAUGAGUUUUGGUGAGGUCUAACCCAAAAGUAAUGUGCAAUACUGCUGUCAGAUUUAGGCCUGUGAGUCGUAUGUCAGGGAUAUUGGUCUUUUCCUGCUUUUUUGUUUUGUCAGGUUUUUUCCUUCUCCAAGCCAUACAUUUGUUGAUCUUGUCAGGCAAAUGUGUGUGAGUCAUCAUUUGAAUGGUUUAUUGCUGUCCUUUCACCGUGCUGUGACAGUCCACUUAACUCUUAAAGAACACUUCUCCAACUAUAUGGUCAUUGUCUUCAUCAGCCCCACUAGAGUCAUCACCAAUAGGUUUUGAUGCUUGUUUAUUUGUUUCUCAUUGAACUGUUAUACCCAUCACUGCACUGAAGUCAUGUUAAUUUGAAUGCACUAUAUUCUCAAGAAUGAUUUUUCCCAGUAUCUAUCAAUGUAACUGUUUUGUUAGUUAGCCAACUCACACAAAAAAAAUGAAAGCACACAAAAGCUAUAUCCUGAAGGGACCAUUCUUUACUAUUUAAAUGUUUUGUCCUUAACAGGAUUCAUGUCAUACACUCAAUUUAUUUCAUCUCACUGUUGCCUAUUAUGGAUUAAAGAAUGGGUAACUUGCAGGUAUAGAGUUGAGGAAAGCGAGAGAGUGUAACCUACUUUAUCUAUCUACGUGUGAGCGGAGUGAAGGAUAACUUGCUGCUUAGGGAAAGGGCAGAACAGGCCUGAGCUAAGUCUUCCUGACCGUGAGUCACAGCUCGCUGUGUAGUCACGUGAGUCACGUGUUAGCCAGGCUAGAGCUGAGCUACCAUCCCAGGAGUUGUGGAAACACUACAAUUGACCUGUCCUGGAGUAUCUGACCUUCACCGUGAUCGAUGUAAACAGUCGGGCAACUGUUUUGUAUGUAUAUAAAUAUCUAAGAAAAAAUGCAUAUUCCUAGUCAAGUAGUCUAUGGUGUAUAAAAACCAACCUUGUUGGACUAUGUAGCAUCUUAAUAAAUUCAAUGAAUAAACCCUCUACCAAAUUA